GGUCUCCGGCAUAUCACGUUUCUGUUUCUCAUGCGUAAUUGGAAAGAUAUACGUUUCGUAGCUCGGAAGCUUGGUCUCUCUGCAAGAUAGCCAUUAACGUACAGGGAGGUGACUGGCAGCAGGCGAAGAGUCUGCUGGAGGAGCAUCUCAGCACCUGUAGUCAGAAACAUUGGUUCUUCAUCGAAGGCAAAAGAAGGGGAAGCGUGCUGAAACCUCUCCAAAUUUUUGACCAACCAAUGCCAGCAAGUAAAGAUGAACGAGUUGUAAUCCCUGUGGACAAGACUUUCAUCACUAUGAAGAAGGCCAGAAGACGCCAGCGCAUUGACAGUGGAGACAGAAGCUUCAUGUGUGAUCAGUGUGGAAAGGCUUUUACUCGUAAUAGCAGCUUAAAACAACAUAAGCUCAUCCACACUGGCAUUAAACCAUUCAGCUGUGAUCAAUGUGGAAGACAUUUCAAUCACAAUGGCAGCUUAAAACAACAUCAACUCAUCCACACUGGAGUUAAACCAUUCACCUGUGAUCAAUGUGGAAGGUGUUUCAAUCAAAAAGGCAGCUUAAAACAACAUCAGCUCAUCCACACUAGAGUUAAACCAUUCAGCUGUGAUCAGUGUGGAAAGUGUUUCAAUUAUGUUAGCAGCUUAAAAAAGCAUCGCCUUGUCCACACUGGAUUAAAAGCAUUUAGUUGUGAUCAGUGUGGAAAGUGUUUCAAUCACAAUGGCAGCUUAAAAAGACAUCAGGUCGUUCACACUGGCAUUAAACCAUUUAGCUGUGAUCAGUGUGGACAGGCUUUCAUACAUAAUAGCAAGUUAAAAAAACACCAGCUUAUCCACACUGGAUUAAAACCAUUCAGCUGUGAUCAGUGUGGAAAGACUUUCACUGAGAAUGGCAACUUAAAAAGACAUCAGCUCGCUCACACUGGAGUAAAACCAUUCAGCUGUGAUCAGUGUGGAAAGACUUUCACUCAGAGUGGCAGCUUAAAAAAACAUCAGCUCAUCCACACUGGAUUAAAAGCAAUUAGCUACAAUCAGUGUGGAAAGCCUUUUUCUCCGAGUAAUGGCUUAAAAGAACAUCACCUCAUCCAUGCUGCAAAUAAACCAUUUGUCUGUGCUCAGUGUGGAAAGUGUUUCACUGAGAAUGGCAACUUAAAAAAACAUCAGCUUGUCCACACUGGCAUUAAACCAUUCAGCUGCGAUCAGUGUGGAAGGACUUUCACUCAGAAUAGCACCUUAAAAAAACAUCAACUUAUCCACACUGGAUUAAAAGCAUUUAGCUGUGAUCAGUGUGGAAAGACUUUUACUGAAAAUGGCAACUUAAAACAACAUCAGCUCAUCCACACUGGAUUAAAAGCAUUUAGCUGUGAUCAGUGUGGAAAGUCUUUUUCUCCGAGUAAUGGCUUAAAAGAACAUCACCUCGUCCAUACUGCAGAUAAACCAUUCACCUGUGAUCUGUGUGGAAAGUCUUUUACUUAUAGUAAAAGCUUAAAAGAUCAUCUUCUCAUCCACACUGGCAUUAAAUCAUUUGUCUGUGGUCAGUGUGGAAAAGCUUUUACUCAGAGUACAACUUUAAAAAAACAUUUACUCAUCCACACUGGAAUUAAACCAUUUAUCUGUGGUCAGUGUGGAAAAGCUUUUACUCAGAGUACAACUUUAAAAAAACAUUUACUCCUCCACACUGGGGUUAAACCAUUCACCUGUGAUCAGUGUGGAAAGUCUUUUAGCUGCAUGAGUUCCUUGAAAGAACAUCAGGCCAUCCACACUGGCAUUAAACCAUUUGUCUGUGGUCAGUGUGGAAAGGGUUUUACUCAGAGUAAAACUUUAAAAGAACAUCAGCUCAUCCACACUGGAAUUAAACCAUUCAGCUGUGAUCAGUGUGGAAAAUCUUUUACUCGGCGUAGAAACUUAAAAAAACAUCAUCUCCUCCACAUUGGUGUUAAACCAUUCACCUGUGAUCAGUGUGGAAAGUCUUUUAGCUGCAUGAGUUCCUUGAAAGAACAUCAGGCCAUCCACACUGGCAUUAAACCAUUUGUUUGUUGUCAGUGUGGAAAGGGUUUUGGUUGCAUGGAUGCAUUCAAAAAUCAUCAACUAAUCCACACUGGAGUUAAUUAAUUUUUAUUGGUCAGUGCUGAAAUGCGGCCAAUUCUAUGUAAACAUUUUAAAAAAUCAGAUUGUUCACACUGCAAUUGUAGCGUGUAUUUAAUUGUGGUAAUUAUGAAAUUUGUGGAAA